AUGUCGGAGAAAAGUUCGCCAUCGAUAGAGCCCAAGGAGGCAACUGUCUCUAUCCAGGAACCGUCGCUCAAGAACCAGAAAAUCAGUGGCUCGGGUGGAGUGCUAGCUGGCGGUGGCUCAAUUGAAUUGUAUGCUCCAAUUCCAGAGUAUGAAGGAAAGCAUCGAUAUGAUCCAACGGCGGAAUGGACUGAGAAGGAAGAGAAGGUGCUUGUCAGAAGGCUAGACUACCGAAUUUGCUCUUGGGUGUGCUUGAUGUUUUUCGCUCUCCAGUUGGAUCGUGGAAAUAUUUCGCAAGCUCUAUCAGAUGGUAUGCUUGAUGACCUCGCCUUGUCUACCAACCAGUACAACUAUGGUAUGACAAUCUUCUAUCUUUGUUUCUUGUGCGCCGAGGUGCCAUCGCAGAUGGUGUCGAAGAAGCUUGGACCCGAUAGGUGGAUUCCUAUACAGAUGGUUUUGUGGAGUGUUAUUGGUAUCUGCCAGGGCUUUGUUACUGGCGAGAAGAGCUUCUACGCCACAAGAGCGCUCCUAGGGUUGGUGGAAGGUGGUUUCAUUCCCGAUGCCCUUCUUUACCUGUCAUACUUCUACACGAAUGCUGAGCUGCCAAUGCGCGUCGCUUUCUUCUAUUGCGCGUCGAACGGCACUGCGAUUGUGGCGGCAUUCUUGGCUUUCGGUAUUCUUCAUAUGCGAACAGUGGGUGGCUGGGCAGGCUGGAGGUGGCUUUUCGUUCUCGAGGGUGCUUUGACCUUCUUCAUUGGUGUCAUAUCCUGGUUUUACCUUCCCCCGAGUCCCACUGAAACCAAAAGUUGGUUCCGGGGCAAGGAUGGGUGGUUUACGGAGAGGGAGGAAGUCAUUAUGGUCAACCGAGUCUUACGUGACGACCCGGCGAAGGGUGGCAUGCACAAUCGCCAGGGCUUAACCUUGAAGCUUCUCUGGGACGCUCUCAUGGACUACGACCUUUGGCCGAUGUACGUGAUCAGCUGGACCAUGCUCAUUCCGACCAACCCCCCAACAGCGUAUUUAACGCUUUUCUUGAAAUCUCUCGGAUUCGAUACCUUCCAAGUCAACCUUCUGACCAUCCCCGGAUAUGUGCUAUUUUUAAUCCAACUGGUAUUCUGGUCCUGGGUAUCUGAAAAAAUCAACAACCGCAUGGCAAUCGUGUUGUUUUACUCCUUGUGGUGCUUCCCCCUCUUGCUGGCACUGGAGCUUCUUCCAUCUGGUGCAAGUGCAUGGAGCUGGUACGCUCUCACUGUACUGAUUAUUGGUUUCCCCUACAUCCACUCUAUCAACGUCAGUUUAAUUUCUCGAAAUGCAGGCUCAGUCCGCACACGCACCGUGGGCAGCGCAGUAUACAACAUGAUCUGCCAAGCAGGUUCCAUCAUUGCUUCCAACAUCUACCGAGCGGACGACAAGCCCUACUACCGAAGGGGUAACAAGAUUCUUCUUGCCCUUGUUGCGUGGAACGUCGUUAUGACCAUCUUUAUCAAGGGCUACUAUAUCCGGAGAAACAAGCAGCGCGAAGAGACAUGGGAUAACAUGAGUUCUGAGCAGAAAGAUCACUACUUGGCGACAACCAAGGAUGAGGGAAACAAGAGAUUGGACUUCAGGUUUGCCCACUAG